AUGAGAAUGAAUCCUACUACUUCUGGUUCUGGGGUUACCACGCUUGACAAAAAGACACUGGGGCGUAUCGCCCAAAUCAUUGGUCCGGUACUAGAUGUAGCCUUUCCGCCAGGCAAAAUGCCUAAUAUUUAUAACGCUCUGGUAGUUAAGGGUCGAGAUACUGCUGGUCAACCAAUUAAUGUGACUUGUGAGGUACAGCAAUUAUUAGGAAACAAUCGAGUUAGGGCCGUAGCUAUGAGUGCUACAGAUGGUCUAACGAGAGGGAUGGACGUAAUUGAUACGGGAGCUCCACUAAGUGUUCCGGUCGGUGGAGCGACUCUCGGACGAAUUUUCAACGUGCUUGGCGAGCCUGUUGAUAAUUUAGGUCCUGUAGAUACUAGUACAACAUUUCCUAUUCAUAGAUCUGCGCCUGCCUUUAUACAGUUAGAUACAAAAUUAUCUAUUUUUGAAACCGGAAUUAAAGUAGUAGAUCUUUUAGCCCCUUAUCGCCGUGGAGGAAAAAUCGGACUAUUCGGGGGAGCUGGCGUGGGUAAAACAGUACUCAUUAUGGAAUUGAUUAACAAUAUUGCCAAAGCUCACGGAGGCGUAUCUGUAUUUGGCGGAGUCGGUGAACGGACUCGUGAAGGAAAUGAUCUUUACAUGGAAAUGAAAGAAUCUGGAGUAAUUAAUGAAAAAAAUAUUCCAGAAUCAAAAGUAGCUCUAGUUUACGGUCAGAUGAAUGAACCGCCGGGAGCUCGUAUGAGAGUUGGUUUGACUGCCCUAACUAUGGCGGAAUAUUUCCGAGAUGUUAAUGAACAAGAUGUACUUUUAUUUAUUGACAAUAUCUUCCGUUUUGUCCAAGCAGGAUCUGAAGUAUCCGCCUUGUUGGGUAGAAUGCCUUCCGCUGUGGGUUAUCAACCUACCCUUAGUACCGAAAUGGGUUCUUUACAAGAAAGAAUUACUUCUACCAAAGAAGGGUCCAUAACUUCUAUUCAAGCUGUUUAUGUACCUGCAGAUGAUUUGACCGACCCUGCUCCUGCUACGACAUUUGCACAUUUAGAUGCUACUACCGUACUAUCAAGGGGAUUAGCCGCCAAAGGUAUCUAUCCAGCAGUAGAUCCUUUAGAUUCAACGUCAACUAUGCUACAACCCCGGAUCGUUGGUGAAGAACAUUAUGACACUGCACAAGAGGUUAAGCAAACUUUACAACGUUACAAAGAACUUCAAGAUAUUAUAGCUAUUCUUGGAUUGGACGAAUUAUCCGAAGAGGAUCGUUUAACCGUAGCAAGAGCGCGAAAAAUUGAGCGUUUCUUAUCACAACCUUUUUUUGUAGCAGAAGUAUUUACGGGUUCUCCGGGAAAAUAUGUUGGUUUAGCAGAAACAAUUAGAGGCUUUCAAUUAAUCCUUUCCGGAGAAUUAGAUGGUCUUCCUGAACAGGCUUUUUAUUUGGUAGGUAACAUCGAUGAAGCUACGGCGAAGGCUAUGAACUUAGAAAUGGAGAGCAAUUUGAAGAAAUGA